ACUCUUAAUUCUGGAUUUGAACAACAAUCCCUGGAUUUAACAACAGUGACAUUUAAAUCUUAUGAGCUGAUGGAGUAUUUUCAUAAAUCAGUUCAAGUUCGUUUACCGCUCGCUUAACCCAAAAACGCUCUGUUUGAGAGUUAAAGCGCGUCUCGCCGGUAUGGUGCGCCUGCUGAAUUGCCUGGUCUUGGGGUAUUUGACAUGGAAUCUGCGGAUAUCUGAUGCCCGGGGAGAGUACUGUCACGGCUGGCUAGACAGCAGUGGAAAUUACCAGGAGGGCUUUCAGUGUCCGGAGGACUUCGAUACGGCGGACGCGACGGUGUGCUGCGGGACCUGCUCGCUGCGCUACUGCUGCGCGGCCCCCGACGCGCGUCUCGACCAGGGGACCUGCACAAACGACAGAGAGGAGGAGAACGACACGCAAUACGCUGCCCAGCCCAUCUACGUGCCCUUCCUGAUGGUGGGCUCCAUCUUCGUGGCGUUUGUAGUGGUGGGUUCUCUGGUGGCCGUGUACUGCUGCACCUGCCUGCGACCCAAGCAGCCCACACAGCAGCCCAUCCGCUUCUCACUGCGCAGUCAGGGCGAAACCAUUCCCAUGAUCCUCACCACAGCCCCUCCCAGCCUGCGCACGCCCUCGCGCCAGUCCAGCACUGCCACCACCAGCUCCAGCUCAGCUGGAGGAGCCAGCUCCGUCCGGCGCUUCUCCCUGGGACGGGGUGAUGGGCUGGGACAGUGUUCGCAGCAGCAGCUCCUGAUGGUCUCAUCUUCCACGGCCUCCUCUCCUGUGUCCGUGGCUCCGGCGCAGCCACUAUUGCCUCCACCUCCUCCACCGCCCUACACCUCCCAGCAGGGCAGUCACUCUCUCCAGUUACAGCUGCACCAGCAGUCCCUGCAAGGCUCUGGCUUCCUCCUGCCACAACAGUACUUCUUUCCCCUGCCGCAGGAACCGUUCUCCACAAACAAGGGCUUUGCUGACUUCAGCCAGAGCUGACCUGGGGUUCCCUGAUCAAAAGGAAACGGACACCAAAGAAUCUGUCAUUCACAAUGUCGUUGUUGUAGACUCGUAUUACAGGGGCUCCCGUUCAAGGAAACAGGCACUAGUGUGUCUUUCAGCAAGCUCGACUGGCACUUGUGAGACCGCAGCUGGAAUAUGUGGGCCGCUAAAGCUGGUCAGAUAGUGAACUAUCAAUCUGACAGACACUUAAGUGCUGGAUACAACAUGGAAGCCUAAAUCUACAACUGAUCGUAUCUCAUAUGCACUUUUUAAUUUGCUUAUUUGAUGAAAGACAUCUAAUUGUUUUUUUUGUUUUUUUUUCAGCUGAUCAGUGACUCUCUAAUGAACAAUUAGCCUCUGUAUUUGAGAUAAUUUGAUAUAUAGAUGGACAGAAUAUUACAUGACAAUCUCAAUCCCAUUUUAGGGGUCCUA